AUUUUCAAUUCUUUCUUUCUAUCCUCCUCUGAUAAACUCUGGUGCAUUCCUCUCUACCUCUAUAGCCACUCAUAUUCAAUUGUUCUUUAUCUUAUCCGUUACUCCAACAGCUUUAUGCUUAUAACAAAAAAAUAUAGAAAUUAAUCUUGGUACAUGGGAGAAUCUACCAAGUCCUCGAUGCCUGCCUCAAAAUAUUAUGGAAUUCUAGAAAUUUCAAAGUCAGCAUCUCUCGCAGAUAUUUGCAAAUCUUACAAACAUCUUGUCAGGAAAUGGCAUCCUGAUAGAAAUAGAUCCAAUCAAGCAGAAGCUGUAGAAAAAUUUCGAUCCAUAAAUGAGGCCUAUAGGGUUCUUAGCCAAAAUAAGAGAGAGGAAGUAGACAUACUAAAGAAUGAUGUGGCAAAAACACCUAAAAAAUUUUUAAAACAGCAAGAAAAAGAUAAGGAUGAUAAUGAGCUACAAAUUUCAAGCCCCACACUCCUUUCAAGGACAACAAGUCGGAUCAGCCCAUCAGUAGAUUUUUACACUUCAAUGCCAUCAUUUUUAUCGAUGAGUGGAGCCAGCAGUCCUACUACGCCUAGGACUCCAAUAUCAGAUCAAACCCCAAGCCUUUCUAAAAUAGCUAGCAAGCCUAUCAUUUUUUCCCAGUCUACUUCAAGGAGAAAGCCUCAACCGAUUAAGAAGAAGCUCGAAUGUACACUUGAGGAAUUGUGCAAUGGAUGCGUUAAGAAGGUCACGAUUACAAGAGAUUUUAUUGCAACCACAGGGCUAAUUAUUAAAGAAGAGGAAGUUUUAACAAUAAAGGUAAAACCAGGAUGGAAGAGAGGAACAAAAAUUUCGUUUGAAGGUAAGGGGGAAGAGAGAGCAGGAACACAUGGAUCAGAUAUAAUAUUUUCAAUUGAUGAGAAAAAACAUUCAUUGUUUAAAAGAGAAGGAGAUGACUUAGUGCUGGGAGUUGAAGUCCCUCUAGUCCAAGCACUCACGGGAUGUACGAUAACUAUACCGCUUUUGGGUGGAGAUGAAAUGACUCUGUCAUUUGAUGAUAAAAUUAUUUAUCCAGGAUAUGAGAAAAUCAUACCGGGUCAAGGCAUGCCUAAACCUAAACAGGAAAAUAUAAGAGGAGACCUUGUGCUUCAAUUUCUUAUUGAAUUUCCUAUCUAUUUGAGUGAGGAUCAAAGGUUCCAAGUUGUUAGUAUACUUGAAGAUCAUAUCACUUCGGAAUAAUGAUCAAUUUAUUUUUUCGAUGA